GUCCUCCUCACCGUUCCUCUCGUCGUCCGCAUUCCUUCCCUUCCCUCUUCCCUUGGGAAGGAGGAGUUGGAGGACGAAGGCUUGUUCUCGUCCGUGAGACUGUCUGCUCUCGCUGUCGCUCGCUCUUCUGCAUACAUACGCUGUCAAGAACAGGCGGCUGCCUGAUCGCGGCUCGAGCCGAGAGGAGACGAGAGCGAGCGAGCGGAGGAACGAGCACAUUUUGUCCUGAUUCAGGCGUCGGGGCGGAGAGAGAUGCCGAUGCCGAGUUGCUGACAGGAGGACGACGAGAGAGUGGUGGGUGGGUGGGUUGGUGGGUGGCAGGCAGGCAGGCAGGCGAGCAAGCCAGUCAGCCAGCCGGGGCGAGAAGGAGAAGGAGAAGGAGAAGGAGGAGGAGGAGGAAAUUCGGCCGAGAGGAAGAGAGCGAGAGGGAACUCGAAUGUCGAUGGAUGGAGAGCUGUAAGUGAGAGGGUCGAAUGGAUCCGGGGCUGGGUCUGGCUGGGAAUGGUACAUCACAGGUUUCACCGAUGGCGCAGCAGUCAGCAGCAACGGCUACUUUCCCCGUGGUAGACCAAACGAAGUGGGCAGAUGCUACGGGCUUCCUCAAGGCUGCGUGCGAUGACCUUGGUGUGGGAGAACUCAUACAUGGCGAGAAUUUCAGUUUAUUCGAAGCAAUGUCAGCUCUCGAGAUUAUGGAUCCCAAAAUGGACGCCGGUAUGAAUACAACAGGUUACAAGACUGUAGAAGAAGCAGUCGAGAGCGGAGCUGCUCCCAUUUUCUUGACUAUAUCACAAAUUAUAGAUGUCAUGGACCAUCUUCUAGCUUGUGAGGCCACGUGGCAUAAGGGCCAUUCUUUGGCACAGACAGUAUUUUCAUGUUUAUAUAUGUUGAAGCUGGACCGUACGACCCCAAACGCCUUGUUGCACGCCUACUGCAAAAUCACCCGUGCGACUUGUAGUUUGGUCCGGACAGCAAUAGUACUGUCUGACAUCCAUGAGGAAGAAGACUUCGUGACAUUCGGCUUUGGCCUUCCUUUGGAUGCCGAAGGUGACAACAAGUGUCUAGCAACAUUGAAUGCCGUAGAAGAAAGCUUGGCCCGGCAAUUGAGGGGAUGCAAGGGGGCAGCAAGUGGGAAGAAGAAAUCCACAGAAGAAGUGGAGCCUUUGCAGGACGAUCCUGAGUUGGAGGAAGAUUUUUGUGAGUCAGUUCUCUGUCGUCUACGCUUUAGAAAGUCUCUAUAUCAUGCUUUGGUAUACAUGGAGAAGCCGUUGGGAAGAGGGUCGGAGAUGGCUCAGAAACACAUCACAAGAGCUCUAACGGAACUUGCUGCUGUAAGAGCUUCUUCUGGCUUUCUGUCUGCCCGAAGGCCUUUGAAGGAUCCUGUGGAAUCCACUUGUACGGCGUCUGGACAACCUGCUGUGGGCUUUGAUGAAAGUGUCAAUAGAAGACUACUGGCCCCCACGCCUCCACGAUCUAUUGACAUUUUAAGUUGGAACGAGACCUUGAACUACUUCGAGCAGUUGCUGAAUGACCUCAAUCGCAUAUGUUCCUUAUCAUCCGACUUGGAACUUGAAGACUUGCUUCAGUAUAUUGUGGACUUCCAAAAGUCGCAGCCUGAUCUUGUUGCUCGAGCUCGGUUGCAGUUGCUCUUGUUACAAGAUGGAAAACUUCUUGGUCGCGAAACAGUGACAGACUCCCUGUAUCGAGCUAUCAAACUGCAAAAUGAGCGACCCGCAAGAGACACAGAAACAUACAAUUUUUUAACUCAGUGUGGAAGAUUGACAAUGCAGCUGAUCAGGACAAUGUGCACUAAUCCAGCUUGGCAGCGACGUAAACUAGGAAGGGUUAUUCAGGAAUGGGGUUUGCUAUUAGAGCAGGCUGAAUUUAGUCGCGAAACUUCCUUCCGCAAGAGUGGUGUAGGUGGACAGUUAGAGAAGACUGGAUGGACAGACGAUGUGGUUAUGGGCUGGGCUGCAGAGCUAUUGUGCUGGGUUGUUACUCAUUUUUUACUUCUUGGAUUUGAGCUCGAACUCUACUCUCCAAACGAGUACUGCAUGGUGUACUGGUAUCUGGAUCAUGCAUUGAUGACCCUGAUGCAUUAUAAGCUAGCGAAAGAAAGACGGAGGCUGGAGGCCGAGCUUGUUAAAUCAAACGAUACUUCUCCUGAAUCAGCCAAGAAGAAGGGGAAGAAGAAGAAAGGGGGGACCAUAAAACCAGUUGUCAACAAGGAGAUUCGCUUCACACCUAGCGUGCUGCUUCUCCAAUGCUACAUUAAUCUCUGCAAAGGCUUCAUUUGGAUGCUUGCAGCAUUAACUGCGGAUCGCAAGAUCAUACAUCGGGAAACAAUAUUCAAUACCGAGCUAGAGAGAUUUACUCAAAGGUUUGAGCUUUUACACAAAAUUGUGGUACCAGAACCCAUGACAUACCUUGACUUCAGAGAAGCGACCCGACAUAGGCACCAAUCGGUUAAGGAACUAUAUCAAGUAGCCUACGAUCACUUCAUGUCUGCGCAGCAGCAUAUUCAAGAAUUAAGUCAAGCAGUUUCAAAAACCCCGAAGAUGGAAUCUGUGAUUAAGGCACAGAGAGUGGUCGAUAUUCGUCAGAUGGAACAGGUCGCACUGAGAAACCGCAUAGCCUUGCAGAUUGCUCACCAGGCAGGACCCGGUGAAAACCUUCGGGUGACUUUUGAGUUCUCGCUGCAUCCGUGUUUCGCAGUAGCAGUUGUGAAGAAGCCUUAAAUACCAUUUUUGCAUAUCGGAGCAGCCUUUUUAGAAAUUAUAGGAUGGGUUUCUUUUGAACCCGUUUAAGGAUAGGAAAGACCCAGCUUUCCAUGAGCUAUGUGUUCUAAACGUGUUUGAGUAAAGAUUUGGAUGACCAUGUCAGU